CGCGCGCCGAGAGAGAUGCUGUUCCCCUGCUGCACGCCCCAGUGUGCGCCCCGCGGGGUGGGCACUGCCGCGGGGCGGGGAAGUGGCUGCGGUGCUUCGGGGGCCCGGCGUGAGGGGCCCCGCUUGGCUCAUUAACUUGUGUCCCAGGCCAGAAACGUGCCCGAGGCCCCUAGCACCUCCCUGACCAUCCACGUGUUGAACAUUCUGACGGGCCAGCCCGCAACAGGCCUGGCAACGCACCUGUCCUGGCUCGAAGGCCCCGGGCUGCAAUGGAGGGAGCUGAUGACGAGCUCUACCAACGUGGAUGGGCACUGCCUGCUCUUCCAGGCUCCUGAGCAGGUGGGGGCUGGCACAUACAAGCUGCACUUCGACACUGGGGCUUACUGGCAGCGGCUGGGGUACACUAGCUUCUACCCCUACGUGGAGGUUGUCUUCACAGUCACAGGGCAAACCCGGAAGCUGCACAUCCCUCUGCUGAUCAGCCCCUUCUCCUAUACCACCUACAAGGGGAGCUAGAGCACAAGGGAGAGCAGGUCGGCAUGGCGCAGGAACUAGACCCCCACCCCCUGCUGGCCUGGCCUUGGCUCCAGAGAUGGGCUGGAGGAAGUGACGCGAGGGAGGGCUCAGGAUGGGCUGUGCUAUUAAAGGAUUCUUGCAGCAGCACUUGCCUUAGCCUGAUGCACUCAGCCGCUCGUUAGCGAGCUCUGUGGAUCCGAGUGGUAAAACAGCCACGGAGAUGAAUAGCUCUGCUCUAGGAAGGGCAGCGUGGCUCUGCUGCUCAGGGGCCCAGUUCUCCCUGCUGGUGAGCGCAGUCCCUCCAGAGCCAGCAGGGCUCAUCCCUCUUCCUGAGGCCGAGAGCUGUUGGCAUAUGGAGGAGACCCAUGCAGGCCUCUGGGUUCCAGUCCCUGCCCAGCUGGGAGGCCUAUGGGUGCAGGACUGGCUGAGAACAGGCUGCAUGUGGAUGCCAUGGGUGUGGGUCUGGAGUGGCGACACUCCUCUGCUUAUAGUGCUGCGGUACCCAGGGGCCAGCUACCAGCUGGCUCUGGCUGGCACGUUCUCUAGGCAAGGGA